GGAGAGGCCCAGUCGAACCCAACGAACCUGACGGUCCCGUAUACGCCCACCACACCCACACCUGUCGUCCGUUGUCGCCUAUCUGCUGCAUCUGCAACACCGACGUGGCAGGCCGGUCGCGGGUCAUGUACUCAUACAUCCAGGACUCGUGCGGACAUGGUAUCGCCGUCUUGCUGGGUGUGUGUCUCCUUCCCUUGCUCUCUCUCUCGCUUUCUCGCUUUCUCGCAGUCCCGGUUUUCUGAGAUCGGAGAAUUAAAGUGGCUCCCCAUGAACGAACGACCGGGGGCCUGCCGCAUCGUGCAGUAG